CUGUUGGCCCUCGGCUUCUCGCCUAGAGUCUUCGGCGCAACGCUGCUAGCAUCACACUUCACCGGUAGAAUCUACACGCUCUCCUUGGACACUACAGGCAGCGGCAAUGGCAGUCUCUCCAUCAUCUCAUCUGCCACUGGCUGCGGCGCCAUGCCCACGUGGUUGACGCUGGAUUCGGCAUCGGGUACUCUGUACUGCUUCGACGAGGAGUGGACCGGCAGCGGUUUCGCGGCCACUUACACGGUGGGCGCCAACGGCUCGCUCAAGCAGACGGGCCAGGCGCCCACGACGGGCAGCUCGGUGCAUGGCUGGCCGUAUGGGGGUACCGAUGGCCAGGGUUAUCUAGCUACGGUGGAAUACGAUCCCUCAACUCUAACGACCUACAAACUCCCCCUCUUCCGCAACACCACCCGCCUCGCCCAGCAAAAGUUCACCAUGUCCGCUCCCGGUCCCAAUCCCGACCGCCAAAACGCCCCCCACCCACACUCCGUCAUCCCAGACCCAACGGGGAAUUUCCUUCUCGUCCCGGACCUCGGCGCGGACCUAAUCCGCAUUUUCGCCAUCGACGCUGCUUCGGGCAACUUGAACGCCUGUCCUCCGGCCCAAGCGGGCGCCGGGGACGGUCCGAGGCAUGGCGCCUUCUGGGCUCCCAAAGAGGGAGACACCAAGGGACUGAAGCUGUACACCGUCAAUGAGCUGAGCAAUUCUGUCUCCGCGUGGGAGGUUUCGUAUACCCCUGAUUCGGACGCGGGGUCGAAACCAGACUGUCUGUCUCUUACGAAAACGCAGACCCUCUCCACCUACGAGGACAAAACACCUCCUGCCAACAGCAAAGCAGCUGAAGUCCAGGUCUCCGGCAACUAUGUGUAUGCAGCGAACCGGAACGACCAGACGUUCGGUCCGCAGGAGGACUCGUUGGUCACGUAUAAGAUUGAUCCCGAAACGGGGGCGAUUGAGUGGCUAGAGGCUGUGAAUGCGCAUGGCUGGUAUCCGCGCUCUUUUGCGAUUAACAAGGAGGGGACUUACGUAGCGGUGGGGGGUCAGACGUCGUCGAAUGUCGCGGUUUUGGCGAGGGAUCCGGCGACGGGGAAGAUUGGGGGACUGGUGGCUAGUGUGGAUGUGGCAACGAAGGGGACAGAUGGGGGGGAGGAUGGGCUGAGUUCUGUCGUUUGG